AUGUUCGCUAAGUCUGCCCUCUCUGUCUUCUACCUCCUCGCCGCCUGCGCCCUCCUCGUGAGCGCGGCUGCUGUCGAAGAGAAGCGGCAACUUGACAGCAUCUUUAACUCUCUUACUUCCGAUGCGGGCUCUGUGUUCACCCAGGCUACUGCCGGAGGUGGUUCUAUCAUCAGCGACAUAACCUCUGCUGCCGUAGGUAUUGCCACCGAUAUCACCUCGAUCGGCGGGAAGGUUGCGACCGUCAUCACCUCCGCAGGUGGUGCCGCAAUCACCCUGGCCCCCAGCGGCUUCGGCGACCUUACCUCCUUCGCGGGCAGCCAGUACACAGUCGUCACUGGAGAUGCUGCGUCCGUGUUCUCCGCCGCAACCAACGAUGCGGCGUCACUCGCUUCCUCGGCGACGUGA